AAUCAGUCGAUUCUCUUUACAGCCGGAAGUUCUCCUCUGUUGCUCUGCAUACGAGAAGCACCUCGCUUCACGAAGCAAUCCGGAGCACCCCCUUGCACACGAACGGUAUUAUCAAACAGCGAAGAAGCCGAGGACAAUCACCAUGACUGUAGAGCUUCCCACAAACAUUAACAUUAAGGAGCCACGCUGGGAUCAGGGGACUUUUGUGGGAAGAGCAAAACACUUUUUUACCGUUACUGAUCCCAGGAAUAUUCUCUUAUCCAAUGAGCAACUGGAGAGUGCCCGACAGAUCAUUCAUGACUACAGGAAGGGGUUGGUAUCCCCGGGCCUCACAGAAGAUGAACUGUGGAGGGCAAAGUACAUCUAUGACUCUGCCUUUCACCCGGAUACAGGGGAGAAGAUGCUCCUGAUUGGUCGAAUGUCUGCGCAGGUCCCUAUGAACAUGACCAUCACAGGAUGCAUGAUGACAUUUUAUAAGACAACUCCAGCGGUGGUGUUCUGGCAGUGGAUCAACCAGUCUUUUAACGCCAUAGUCAAUUACACCAACAGGAGUGGGGACGCCCCUAUUACUGUCAGUCAGCUGGGUACAGCCUAUGUGUCUGCCACCACGGGUGCCGUCGCCACCGCUUUAGGGCUAAACGCACUAACCAAGCAUGUCUCACCUCUCAUAGGACGAUUUGUUCCUUUCGCCGCUGUGGCUGCUGCUAACUGUAUCAAUAUCCCAUUGAUGAGGCAAAGAGAGUUGAAGCACGGUAUUCCUAUCAUGGACGAGAACGACAACAGGUUAGGGGAAUCCACAAAGGCGGCCCAGCAGGCCAUUACACAGGUGGUCAUCUCCAGAAUCCUCAUGGCCUCCCCUGGAAUGGCUAUUCCACCAUUUUUAAUGAACACACUGGAAAAGAAAGCAUUUUUGAAGAGAUUUCCAUGGAUGAGUGCACCCAUACAGGUGGGAUUGGUGGGAUUCUGCUUGGUUUUUGCCACUCCCCUUUGCUGUGCACUGUUCCCACAGAAGAGCUCGAUGUCGGUGAGCCGCUUGGAGCCAGACCUCCAGGAGAAGAUUCGGGCGAGUCACCCAGGUGUGGAGAGGGUGUACUUCAACAAGGGGCUGUGAGGACCAAACCAUCUCAUCUCAGUGCACUUCCCAAGAACACAGCUAAAGAUGACCCCCUCAUUGUG